CUGUUCUCUACAUAAACUAGCAAUUUUCGAGUGUCGAGUUGAUUUUGUGAUAUGUCUAUUUAGUAAAAGAAAUGAUGUCUGUUCAAUUCCGAAUGUGAUCAAAUCUUUUGAAAGAGAUCACACAACAUUUCAUUGUUCAGGCUACAGCAACAUUUAUAUGUUAUUUUCAAAGAAUGUGUCUUAUGCGAGGAAAGUUCAUAGUAACAGUAACAUACAGUACCAGAUUCAAACAGUAACAGCAUCAAUUUAUAAUAACAAAAAUAUGAUGGUAGCGACUAUAACGAUAACAAAUAGUACGAAGUUAGUUAAUUGGUUCUGCACUGUUACUAUCGAGAAGGUCAUACAUAAAUGACGAUAGAAUGAAUUGUAUAUCAAUAAUGCAUCGCAUGUUGUUUAUAAGAAAGGCAUAUAAUUCAAACACCUCGAGUAUGGAGUAUCAUGUGAAUAUAAAUUAGUAACCUGAUUCUCAAAUAAACGUUCAUAGAAGUAACAAAACUGAAAUAAUUUCACAAUGCAUACGGAUUCAUCGGUUAGCAGUGCUGAUGAUCACCAAUCCCGAAAUGCCAAAGCGGAUACUUCGACGAAAUAUUUUGGGAAAAGUGAGAAAAAAUUUGUGCUAAAUUCCGUGAAAGGUUCUGAAUUAUCGGCUAAACUUGAUAAAAGAAAACCUUCUAGAAAUAAGAAUUUUAUCGUUGGAUUUUUAUCCAAGUCCACCACCACCUCUGGGAGUCUUCCAAGGCAGAAAAAAUAUAAAGGCUCACGUUUCUUCAGUCGUAGACGAUACUCACUUUCUGAUGUGUGGCAAGCAACGCUGAAAACAACUACUGCCAUGAGUCAAGCAGGUGCUCCUAUCAACGGUCAAGAUGCACCUAUUAUUGAUUUGAAUUCUGCAGCCGGUCAACUGAAAGGGUCGACCGCAGCGACGACCGGCAAUGUAACACUACCAAUUGCACCAAAAAAACCCACAAGGCGAGCGGGGGUCAAACCACAGCCAGAUAGACCAGCAAGAGCAUUAUUUUGUCUGACACUGAAAAAUCCUAUACGUAAGCUUUGUAUAGACAUCGUUGAAUGGAAACCGUUCGAAUAUCUGAUAUUGUUAACAAUUUUUGCGAAUUGUGUUGCCUUAGCUGUUUACACUCCUUUCCCGAAUAGUGAUUCGAAUACUACAAAUGCUGCGCUGGAGAAAAUUGAAUAUAUUUUUCUAGUAAUAUUUACAGCAGAAUGUUUUAUGAAAUUAAUAGCGUAUGGUUUCAUUCUGCAUCCGGGAUCAUAUCUAAGAAAUGGAUGGAAUAUUUUGGAUUUCACGAUAGUCGUUAUCGGAAUGAUUUCAACAGCAUUAUCCAAUUUAAUGAAGGAAGGUUUUGAUGUGAAGGCAUUACGAGCUUUCCGUGUACUUCGACCUCUACGUCUGGUGUCUGGUGUACCAAGUUUACAGGUGGUACUCAACUCAAUUCUACGUGCCAUGGUGCCUUUAUUACAUAUUGCCCUUUUGGUAUUAUUUGUCAUCAUUAUUUAUGCCAUCAUAGGGCUUGAAUUAUUUUCUGGCAAACUACACAAAUCGUGCUUCAAUAAUGUUACUGAUGAGAUUAUGGACGACCCUCAUCCUUGUGGAGAAGACGGAUUCCAGUGUGAUAGUAUUUCACCAGAAAUGGUUUGUCGUUACUACUGGGAAGGUCCGAACUUCGGUAUUACGAAUUUCGAUAACUUUGGUUUAUCUAUGCUAACUGUAUUUCAAUGCGUGACGUUGGAAGGAUGGACUGAUAUGCUGUAUUAUAUACAAGACGCCAUGGGAAGUACUUGGCAAUGGGUAUACUUCAUUUCUAUGGUAAUCUUAGGUGCAUUUUUCGUUAUGAAUCUGAUUCUUGGUGUUUUGAGCGGAGAGUUCUCUAAAGAAAGGACUAAAGCAAAGAAUCGAGGCGAUUUCCAGAAAUUACGUGAGAAACAACAAAUUGAAGAGGAUCUGCGGGGAUACUUGGAUUGGAUAACACAAGCCGAAGAUAUCGAUCCGGAAAAUGAUGCCAAUGAAGUUCAAGAGGGAAAAGUGAUGGCAAUCAAUGAGAAUGAUUCUUCCGACCAUAUGGGAGAAGAAGGGGAAAUUCAACAAGAAAUGUGGUUCAGCAGAAAAAGAAAAAGUAUUGAUCGUGUGAAUCGACGGUUGCGUAGAGCCUGUCGCAAAGCAGUUAAAUCACAAGCAUUUUAUUGGCUUAUUAUUGUGCUUGUAUUCUUGAACACUGGAGUGCUAGCAACUGAACAUUAUCAGCAGCCACGUUGGUUGGAUGACUUUCAAGAAUACACCAAUAUGUUCUUCGUUGCGCUAUUCACUAUGGAGAUGUUGCUUAAAAUGUACAGUUUGGGAUUUCAAGGAUAUUUUGUAUCACUCUUCAAUCGUUUCGACUGUUUUGUUGUUAUCGGCAGUAUAGGUGAGAUGAUUUUGACAAGUACCCAAAUUAUGCCGCCAUUGGGUGUUUCGGUGCUGCGAUGUGUUCGACUUCUACGUGUUUUCAAAGUUACUAAAUACUGGCAAUCUUUGUCGAAUUUAGUAGCAUCUUUACUGAAUUCGAUACAAUCCAUCGCUUCCCUAUUGUUGCUACUGUUUUUAUUCAUCGUUAUUUUUGCAUUAUUGGGAAUGCAAGUAUUUGGUGGAAAGUUCAACUUUAAUAGUGAAGUAGAUAAACCUAGGUCAAAUUUCGACAGUUUCGUCCAAAGUCUAUUGACCGUGUUCCAGAUUCUCACCGGUGAAGAUUGGAAUGCUGUAAUGUAUGAUGGAAUUCAAGCAUACGGAGGCGUAGCGUCGAUUGGAAUACUAGCUAGCAUUUAUUUUAUUAUAUUGUUCAUAUGUGGUAAUUAUAUUCUGUUAAACGUUUUCUUGGCCAUCGCUGUCGAUAAUUUAGCUGAUGCGGAUUCCUUGACAACUGUGGAGAAAGAAGAUGGAGAAGGCGAAGAACAAGCUGAAGAUGAAAAUCAGCUUUCGCAUGAUGCAAACCCAGCUGGUAUUGCCGAUGACGGGUUCAUGGAACAUGAUAAAGAUAAUCUUGAUUCUGAAAAUGAUCUGAAUAUGUCUGACGACUACGAACAUAACGGAUCAGAAAUGAAAAUAACUUCUCCAGAUGAUGAUGAAGGAUACGAAGAUCAAGACCCACAAGGUUUCACAGGUGAGACCUACGAACAACGUGCCACAGCGCGUCCUCGUCGCUUGUCGGAAAUAAGUGUGAAGAAACCGAAGAAACAGAUUCCACGAGCUGAUGCGUUAUUUUUAUUUUCUUCUACGAACAGAUUUCGGGUGUUCUGCCAUUGGCUGUGCAACCACAGUACAUUUGGAAAUAUCAUACUUGUUUGCAUUAUGUUUUCAUCCGCUAUGUUGGCUGCUGAGGACCCUUUGAAUGCAAACUCGGAACGCAAUCAAAUUUUGAACUAUUUCGAUUAUUUUUUUACUUCAGUUUUCACUAUCGAGCUGCUAUUAAAAUUGGUUUCCUAUGGAUUUUUGCUCCAUGAUGGUGCAUUUUGCCGAUCGGCUUUCAAUCUACUGGAUUUAUUAGUCGUCUGCGUAUCUUUGAUCUCUAUGUUUUUCAGUUCUGGUGCUAUCUCUGUUAUCAAAAUUCUUCGAGUCUUGAGAGUGUUGAGGCCUCUACGUGCUAUUAAUCGUGCUAAAGGCUUGAAGCAUGUAGUUCAAUGUGUAAUAGUAGCAGUUAAGACAAUCGGAAAUAUUGUUCUUGUGACUUGCCUACUACAGUUUAUGUUUGCGGUGAUAGGAGUUCAAUUGUACAAGGGGAAGUUUUUUUCUUGUUCGGAUGGAUCGAAGAUGCAAGAAGCAGAAUGCCAUGGAACAUACCUUGUUUACGAGGACGGCAAUGUCGAUAAGCCAGUAUCAAAGGAACGAGAAUGGACAAGAAAUCGUUUCCACUUUGAUGAUGUAUCCAAAGCGAUGCUCACAUUGUUCACAGUAUCGACAUUCGAAGGAUGGCCGGGUCUCUUAUACGUUUCCAUAGAUUCCCACGACGAGGAUUCGGGCCCUAUCCAUAAUUUUAGACCGAUAGUAGCUGCAUACUAUAUCAUCUACAUCAUUAUUAUCGCAUUUUUCAUGGUUAACAUAUUCGUUGGUUUCGUUAUUGUUACUUUUCAAAACGAAGGCGAACAAGAAUAUAAGAACUGCGAUCUAGACAAAAAUCAACGAAAUUGCAUAGAAUUUGCGCUUAAAGCUAAACCAAUACGUCGAUAUAUUCCAAAGCAUAGGAUACAGUAUAAAGUGUGGUGGUUUGUCACUUCGCAGCCAUUCGAGUACAUGAUAUUCAUAUUGAUUAUGAUCAACACGAUCACACUUUCGAUGAAAUUUUAUCGUCAACCGGAGAUGUAUACUGAGAUCUUGGAUUUAUUGAAUUUGAUAUUCACAGCUGUUUUUGCCUUGGAGUUUGUUUUUAAACUUGCUGCUUUCAGGUUUAAGAAUUAUUUUGGAGACGCUUGGAACGUGUUUGAUUUCAUUAUUGUGUUGGGUAGUUUCAUCGACAUUGUGUACUCGGAAGUAAACGUUAGUAAAGGCAUGAAGGGUGGCUCCAGUAUCAUUUCAAUCAACUUCUUCCGUUUAUUUCGAGUUAUGCGAUUGGUUAAAUUGUUGGCUCGAGGAGAAGGUAUACGAACCUUAUUAUGGACAUUCAUCAAAUCUUUCCAAGCACUUCCCUAUGUUGCCUUGUUAAUCGUCAUGCUAUUUUUUAUUUAUGCUGUAAUUGGUAUGCAGGUAUUCGGAAAAAUUGCCAUGGACGAUGAAACGUCUAUACAUCGAAACAACAACUUUCAAACGUUUCCGCAAGCUGUUUUGGUUUUAUUUAGAUCCGCAACUGGUGAAGCCUGGCAAGAUAUCAUGUUGGACUGUUCGACCCGCCCAGGAGAAGUAAAUUGCGAUCCACGGUCCGAUGACGCUGGUUCUCUUGAGGGAUGUGGUUCAAAUAUUGCAUUCCCCUAUUUCAUAUCAUUCUACGUUUUAUGUUCGUUUCUGAUCAUCAAUUUGUUUGUUGCUGUUAUUAUGGAUAACUUCGAUUAUCUCACGCGUGAUUGGUCGAUAUUGGGACCCCAUCACCUCGAUGAAUUUGUGCGACUGUGGAGUGAAUAUGAUCCUGAUGCGAAAGGAAGAAUAAAGCAUUUGGACGUUGUUACAUUGCUUCGGAAAAUUUCUCCUCCCUUAGGAUUUGGAAAACUGUGUCCGCAUCGUGUAGCAUGCAAACGAUUAGUUUCUAUGAAUAUGCCAUUAAAUAGUGAUGGUACAGUUUUGUUUAAUGCGACAUUAUUCGCUGUCGUCAGAACAUCGCUCAAGAUUAAAACUGAAGGGAAUAUAGAUGAUGCAAAUGCAGAACUAAGGGCAACAAUAAAACAAAUAUGGAAGAGAACAGCUCCAAAGCUCUUGGAUCAAGUUGUCCCACCGCCAGGAGUUGAUGAUGAAGUAACAGUUGGCAAGUUCUAUGCUACUUUUCUUAUUCAAGAUUACUUUCGGCGAUUCAAGAAGCGCAAAGAAACCGACAAGCAUGCUGAAUUUGAUAAUAAGCGCGCAAUAACAUUGCAAGCCGGUUUAAGAACGUUGCACGAGGCUGGUCCUGAACUUAAACGUGCUAUUUCCGGUAACCUUGAGGAUAUGGGUGAAGACAAUCCAGAACCAAUGCACAGGAGAAAUCAUACGCUUUUCGGUAAUAUGUGGAGCUCCAUACGACGACCGGGUCAGUUUCCGAAAAAAGGCAACAAUGUAGCUCCGAAAACAUCCGCAACCACAGUUGCUGCAACUGCCGCUAUGCAUGCCGUUUUGUCGGGAGCAGAAGGAUGCAAAACACAAUAUAGUCAUAUAAAUAAUGGUUUUAAUCGAAUUUCUAAAAAAGUAACAUCUGACGCCAAAAGCGACAAUAUUCCAUUACAUCCAUUAAUUCUGGACGGCAGCAAUGUGAAUCAGACAAGCCGAGUCUACAACGCGAAUAGCAUUGUCAUGAAUGAUAACUAUGCCGCCGCAAUCACAUCUAACGUAAUAAGUGGAGGUAGCGUAGACACCAAAUGUUCCGUAGUAACCAGAGCUGGUCAGCAUACCCCGAAUAGCCAACUAGAUCGUACAAACAAAAUAGCGGAAGCAAUCGGUUCAGCAGAAUGUCUAGUUGGAAGGGUUCUCCUAGAACAAGGACUUGGUAAAUACUGUGAUCCUGAUUUGGUACACUGCACACAACUGGAAUUACAAGAAGCUCUUGAGAUGACUCAGGAAGAAAUGGAUCUAGCUGCUCACGAACUAAUGCUACAAGAAAGAUUUAAUCGGAAUGAGAAACACGAUUCACCACGAUUCAAACGUGAUCACCCGAACCUAAAAAAUAAAGAACCAUUUUAUAGCAAAACUUAGUUAACGCUAUAACUAGAUUCUCCAAUUAUGAAAAAAAAAUUUUGCUUUUGUACAGUUUUAUUUUAUCGAACGAGAUUCCAAGAACUCAAUUUGGAAGAAAUAAAGUAAGUACUAGGUAGCAAUACACCAAUCGAAUUGAUUGUACCAGCGAUCAAAAAUACUAGAUUAACUAAUGGAAUAUUGCAGGUAUUAUAAUCUGUAGAAGUUUUUUUUUGCGCUACACCAAAACUUUUUUAUAAUUUGUAAAGGUCAACAAUACAGCGGUAUCUUUUGCAUUCGCCGAAGAAAUGCAACAUUUUAUUGUCAUGUUUGAUAAGUGUGAACCAACAUACGAGGGUCGUCCGAAAAAUAAGUUUCAGUGCUUCAGAAAUCGCGGAAAAAUUAAAUUAGGACAAAAAACAAGGUGAUUUUCGUAAUCUACGUUUUAUUUUCUAUUUUUCUACAUAAUCGCCGUAACGUUCAAGGCAUUUUUCAUAGCGUGGCACGCGCGAAGUGCGUAGAGUCCAACUUUUUGAAGUACGAUGUAACUGUUUCACGAAUUUCUUCAGUGUUAUCGGAUCGUUGACCGCCGAACGCCUGUUUCAUCACCGUACUAUUGUGGAGUUUUGGACCGAUAAAGAACAAAAGGCCAGGUUUAUUGACGAAAGGAUUGAUUCUCAUCCACGAUAAUGGGCGGCUCGCGUAACUGAAGAGCAAUUGAAAAAAUACAAGUGAACUGUGUUCGAGCAUCCUCCUUACUCCCCAGAACUCGCCCCUAGCGACUAUCACUUAUUCCCGGUGAUGAAGCAGGUGUUCGACGGUCAACGAUUCGAUAACACUGAAGAAAUUCGUGACGCAGUUACUGUGGGCAGAACCCGCAGAUUUAACACAAAGCGAACCGGCGAAGUAGCGGAGCAAGAAAAAGAAAGGAACACAUCCGUAAUCGAAUUAAAGACACUUUCUCAAUAAUCACACAUCUUUAUUCUACGGGAUAUAAUUUCUAACUGGUACAAAAAUGUAACUGUCACUGCAUUAUUAGUUUGCAUAGCUUGGCAGCAACUACUGAAAUAAUGACAUUACAAGGGGUAGGAAUUCAUGGUGUUUAUAACAAAGGUGGUCGGUGAUUCCUCCAACACUCCUCCUCAACGAGCACCGAACUUGCUUAUCACGAAUCCUGACAUCUCUGCCAACUGUCUGAAUUUGGUCGUCGCUAAUGGUUUCGUCAAUGCAUCGGCUAACAUUUCCUCUGUAGGGCAGUACACCAACUUAAUCUCGCCUCUUUCCGCCAUGUCUUUCACAAAAUGGUGUCUGGUAUCUAUAUGCUUAGACCUCUUGCUUGUGCGUUCAGCUUUUACAAAUGACAAGCAACUUUGAUUGUCUUCGAAAAUCGUUGUUGCUUUUGAUAGAUCCUCACCGAAAUCUGCCAUCAACCGUCGAAGCCACAAAAGUUCUUGACACGCCUCGCUUAACGUGAUAUACUCCGCUUCCAUCGAAGAUAAACUGACACAUGUCUGACGACGACUCGCCCAAGCGAUAGGACCGUUGCCGAAGAAAAAUAUAAAUCCAGUGGUAGAUCUCCUACUUGCGUGAUCUCCUGCCCAAUCAGCAUCGGAGUAGCCGACCAAUGUCCAAUCCUUCCCUGGAUCGAAUCUCAAUCGUACCUCCAUUGUUCCCUUCAAAUACCUCACGACACGUUUUGCAGCUUUCCAAUCCAUCUCAGUCGGCGCACUAACUUUUCGACCAAGUAAUGAAACACUGACUGCUAUAUCUGGCCUCGCAUUUACAGCUACAUAUAAAAGUGCUCCUACAAGACUCCUAUACAGGAAAGUAUCCGAGAAAGCUUGACUCGUAUCAUCUGCUCAUUGAUACCCGGGAUCCAUUGGGGUACUCGAUGGCUUGCAUUCUCCAAGACCAAAUUUUCUAAUCAGCGUCUUGAUGUAACUUGUCAAACGUAUGCUGUAAUAACGAUUUUCACGCUGAACUUCGUGUCCCAAAAAAUGCUUUACUUCACCUAGGUUUACGACGUCAAAUUCUUUGCGAAACGAUUCGAAAACACUCAUAAUCAUGGUUUCUUCCUUGCAUCCAAUCAAAAUAUCAUCGACGUAAAUCAACAAGAAAAUAAUACCUCUGUCAUCGUUUCGAAUAUACAGACAGCUAUCCGAUGAACACUGUUUAAAUCUUAGUUUGACUAACACACUAUGAAGCGCUUGGUUCCAACAACGCGCUGAUCGCUUGAGCCCAUAGAUGCUCUUCUUCAGUUUACAGACAAAUUUCUCCUUUUCAGUAACUGAAAAUCCAGGGGGCUGCCGCAUAUAAAUCUCCUCCUCAAUUUCUCCAUGUAAAUACGCCGUUUUCACGUCAAAAUUAUUGAGAAUCAUACCACGUUUCCCCGCUAUCGCCAAUAAUACUCGGAAAGUUUCCUGUCUCGUAACCGGUGCAAAAACAUCCAGAUAGUCUUCACCGUAUCGCUGUUUAUAACCUUGGGCUACAAGUCUAGCCUUAUGUUUCACGACAUCGCCUUGUUCAUUACGCUUCAGCUUAAAUACCCCGCGCGAUCCAAUAGCUUUCUUUCCAGGUGGCAACUGUACUAAGUCCCAAGUUCCGUUUUCUGCAUGAUACUCCAUUUCCUGAUUCAUUGCUGUCUUCCAGUCAGUUUCCUGAAUUGCUUCACGGUAAUCCGUCGGUUCUUCAACUCUAUCCUUCACAAUGCUCACAACGUAAUCACUAUAACGGGAAGGCAAAAUACCACGGUUACGCCUAUUUUGAGGCAGCACUUCCUGCUCCUCCUGAACACGAACAUCUUCUGCUGGAAUAGAACCAUCUGAAACAGCAUCACUCCAACCUUCAAUGUCGGAUGACAGAAUACCAUUAUCAUCAUCAGGAUCGCUGUUCACUUCCUCGAUAUUAUUGGGUUCAUUAUCAGUGAUUUGAAGCUCUACUUCCGGUUGCAAAUUUUUAGGUGAUUCAGUUCGUUUUUCAUUUCUGUCAGUGCUGUUUUCCAAUUCAAUGAACUUAGCGUCUCGACUGGCAGUAAUUCUAUUUGUUGCACGGUCCACAAAUCUGAAACCUUUUCUAUCUUCUGCAUAACCCACAAAAGUAAGCUUCACCGAUUUGUAAUCCAGUUUCAAUCGCUUCUGUUCUGGAACUUGCACAUACGCGUCACAUCCAAAUACUCUGAGAUCAGAUAGAUCUGGUUUCUCUCCUGUCCAGAGCUCAAAUGGUGUUUUCUUAAUCACGCGUGACGGUAAACGGUUCUGGAGAUAUGCCGCCGUCAUUACAGCCUCACCCCAAUAUAACUUUGGCAAAUUCGCAUCUGCUAACAUGCAUAAAACCAUUUCUUGCAACGAUCGAUUUCUACGUUCAGCUAUCCCAUUUUGUUGAGGAGAAUAAGGCAUCGUAUACUGCGCUUUAAUUCCUUCCAAUUCAUAAAAUUCUUGGAGCUCUCGGUUCACAUACUCGCCGCCACCGUCCGAGCGAAUGACGAAGGGCUUCCAACCGAACAUAUUGUGCACCCAACGAACAUAUUGUUUGAUUUUACUGGCUGCUUCAUCCUUGCUCUUCAGUAAAUAAACCACAGCAUACCGACUAUAGUCGUCAAUCAUUGUCAUAAUGUAUCGAUUAUCUGAGGGUGUGGUGUUCUCCAUGGGUCCACACAAAUCAGUGUGAAUCAAUUCCCGCGGUUUCGAAAUCUUACGCGUGCUCAACGCGGGGAACGGCAUUCGGGUCAGUUUACCUUUCAAGCAGCUUUCACAUGUGAUACGCACACCACAGUCAUUCAUUUUGAAUCCACGCACCAGAUCCUCCGAUUCCAAACGUCGUAGAACAUCGGGUUCUCUGUGCCCGACUCGACGAUGCCACGUAUGCUGACACCACUCAUGGUGAUCACCAGCUACCUUCAUUGAAGACUCUUGAAUUUUCAGGCUAUACAGACUACCGCACUUUUCUCCGAUAACUACCACUUUACCGCGAUCAUUGCAUAUUUCACAACCCGACACACCGAACUUCACGAGAAAUCCAUUCGCGACUAACGUUCCCACGGAAAUCAACCCGCCGUCUAAUUUCGGAACAUAGAGUACAUUUUUCAGAGUAAUUUGGACUCUCUCACGAUUCGCGUUUUCACCGUACACAAUACCGUUACCGAUUCCCGUUGCUUUGGUUUUAUUCCCGUCGGCCAAUGUUACUGUGGAAUCAACACUGUCAUUUAACUCCGCGAAAAACGAUCUGUCACUUGUCAUAUGGCAUGUGGCACCACUAUCGAUUACCCAGCUAUUUCGAAAAACUGUACCGGCCACGAAACAUACCGCACAACCGUUGGCAUCAUCUGGACCAUCAGCAUGUUUAGCUUUUUCAUGUUUAUUUUUGUCACUCUGUCCCUUUGACUUAUUUUUCUGAGCAAGCCACUUUUUACAAUGCUUCCGAAGGUGACCUGACUGCUGACAAAACAUAACACACACGCUCUUUCUUAUUGGUUCCCGCAUCUAACCUCAUCGCUUUUACAUUUUGUGUAAGCGAUUCACUGCGAUUCUGACGUUGGCGAUAUUCUUCUAGUAAACGAUUUUUCACAAUUUGCACAGUCCAGUCCGGGUUAACCUGACUCUGUAAACCUUGCACCAAAUUCAAAUAUGAUGAUGGCACACUGCGAAACACCAUCGCAAUACGUAACGAUUCUUCGAGAUUCUGGCCCGCAGCGGCAAGCUUGUCGAACAAAUCUUCCAUGUGCUCAAGGUGCGUUUCCAUGCAACCGCCCUCUGACAUACUAGCACUACACAACAUAUUCAAGUAGUGUACAAUCGUCGACAUGGACACUUUUUCGUGGUGCUCUUUUAACGCAUUCCACAUAGUACGAGCGCUAUCACAAUUUUUCACGACUUUGAACUGGCUUUCAUCCAAAAAGAGUCCAAUAUUGACACGUGCUUUUCGGUCUCGAGCCCUCCAUUCUUCCGUUUCGGGUUCUGGUUUCGCAAUAUUUAUCACUUCCCAAAGAUCUUCACGCUCCAGCAGCCAUUCCAUGCGCUGCUUCCAUGAGCCCCAAUUCGUUUGGCUGAGCUUCGGAAAAGAAACUUUUGCACCGUCCGCCAUCUUUGAAGAAUGAAAAUUUUCACGUGGUUCACGCAACGGAAAAAUAUGGAGUCACUCUAUCAGCGCACUCAACAGUCCCGAUUCCUUUUCUUCCGAACAAUGUCAUUACUGUCAUUAUUAAUGUAAUUACAAAUCGACAAGAAAGCUUCCGGAUGAGUAUCCAAACAUCGCUUGCCAAAGGAAACUAUCCAACGUAAUCAAAUAUUAACAUAUAUGACUCCAAACAGUAAACAAUACGUGAGCCCCUGAGGACGAGCCCUGUUUUAUGCUGCCUACGCUCAAUUUUCAUUGGUUGGGAUAGGGUUGCCAGAGCCCCGGUUUAUAACAAGUACGAUUUAACUGUUGGAGGUCGGUGAUUCCUCCAACAGUUAAAUCGUACUUGAAAAACUAUGGAUGGGUUAUACCUAUGGUAUAACCGCAAGGUUGACGUAGGACUGCCGUUGACUUAGUAAUCAAUUGUAUUUCUUCAAUUAACCAUAAUCCCACCUCGUAUGUUCCUCAUUGGGUACGAUAUCGUCGCUGCGCAGAGCUAUCUUUUGUGGGUAUUGAUUAAAUUAUUGAUUAAACUAGUGAAUGAAUGAAACUCUCUACGAAUUUAAUUGCAAACAAAUACCAAUUUAAGUCAAUUAAUGCAUUAUGGAAGUAGUUAUCGCAGCAAAUAGUUAUCAACACUUUGCCUAAUCAUCAAACGGUUGAUGCGUUUCCAAUGUCGUUUUCUCCAGGCUCCAUGGUUUGAAGUCUGUGUUAGGGGAACAUCCAUCCAUUCCAGCGAUCGUACAUCAACCGUUGCGCAAUCAUAACUGAGUGGAUUUCCGAGCGGCACUCGCUUAUAUACCGAUUGGUGUGAUUUCAAUAGCCUGUUUUGAAAGCAAUUUUAAAGCUAUUGAAACAAGUUUUUGAAUCAAAAAGUAACAAGCAUAUAACGCGUAGACGUUUUGACUUUCGAGUGAAGUGUUUAUCGUAUCGUUUCAUUCAGUUAUUUAGGAACUAUUGAGGCUCAAAAUCUCGUUCUCCGGCGUAACGCUUUUGUUUUCAAAACUUUGAACUUACACCCCAGUAUAGAAAUGAAAGACGUAGUCCUACGUCAAAAGUUGGACGCUACGCACUUCGCGCUCGGAAUAGAAAAACUCGUGCCACGCUAUGAAAAAUGCCUGGAACGUUACGACGAUUAUGUAGAAAAAUAGAAAAUAAAACGUAGAUUUCGAAAAUCAGCCUGUUUUUUUGUCUUAUCUUUAUUUUUCCGCGAUUUCUGAGGCACUGAAACUUAUUUUUUGAACGACCCUCGUAUUCAAAACUAUUCCAAACACCAGACAGAUGAUUGAAAGCUGUUCAGACUUCAUUGAGAAUAUUGUUAUAUGAAACUAACACCAUCGGGAUAGACUAUCGAAGCGCUGCGGUCUAUAAUUAGCAAUAGCAAAGAAAUACCAUGCUAGUAGCAUCUGAUAAAUGGUUUAACAUUAUCAUCAGUUAGUUAUAAUGUAUAAUGUGUCAAAUCAUUCUGUCGUUCAUCAAAUUAUUGUCAGUGAAGUAAAUAAAUAUACGGUUUUCAAAUAUCAA